ACAGAAAACAUUUCAUUCCUAUUUUAGUACUCCUACAAAUUAGUAAAAGACCUUGUAAAGACUGCUGACUGCUGCAAUUCAGUGCUCACUAAAUUCUAUAAGCAGUUUAUAGUAUUUCUCUUUAGAAUCUUUCCUUCUUUUUUCAUACAAACUUGAGCAAAUAUAUCCUCUUAAACUUACUUCACCCACGCGCAGUUAAGUCCUGUAACCUCCACAUUCCCAUUAAUACCCAAUAAAUAAUCGCGUGCUAUAACACGAGAAAGAGAGAGCGUGAUAAUAUGAAGUUCUAAAAUGUUAAGUACGAAAAACACAAGAACAAAGAAGAGCCGGAUUCAGGAGAAAUCAAGAAGAGGGAGAGAGAGAGAGUAGUGUCAGAGAGAGAAAGUGGGAAGUGGGUAUUUUCAAUUCUUGAUUCAAAAGAUGUGAUUUUUGGAGAAGAAGAUAAUUAAACAGAGGAGAAUUGAAAUGCAAAGAGAUGGAAGAGGAAGCUUAUACAUGGGUGUUCAAGAAACAAGUAAGAGUUGAAAAAAAUUGUUUUUUUUAAUUAUUUAUGAAUCUGAAUUGUGUAUUAGUUAACUGAAGCUCCAAUAAGGUCAAGAGUGUUCCCUUUUGUCUGUAUGAAUUCUUGAAGUUUAAUCUUUAUUCAUGUAGAAAUGAAUUUGAACUUGAAGUUUGAAGCUUCAAGCUUUCAAAUUUUGGAAAAAGUUGGCAUUUUGGGUAUGUUUUAGGUAAUCUUGGCAGUUUGAAGUUAUUGAAUUGGGAAUAAAGUUGGAGUUACAGGGAGGUAUCUUAGCUGGAAAUGGAGGGCUUGAUGAGAUUUUAAGGUUGGAGUUUUAGUAGGACUUGGGAUUUGAAGUUUUUCAAGAUUGGGUUUUUGGAGGGAGAGUUAGUUCAGAAUUUGGAUUUCUGGUGCUGACCUCAGCCCCUUUAAAUCUUAUACCGUUACAAAUUGGGAUUUUGGAAAGAUGGGAUUUGAUUUGGAAAAUGCAAAGAUUGAUAUUAGAGGGACUCAAUGUAGUUUCCAAGUUGGUUUUUUGGAGUUUGGGGAGAAAACCCUAAUUUAGUGGUGGAAUUGGUUUCUGACCCUAAAGUUUGUUUUUGAGCAGGGGAAACUUUAUAACUUUUGCUUUUUGUGUAUGGAAUUUAUGUGCUGACAGAGAUGCAACCGCCACAUCAGCAUUCACGGAUUAAUCUUGCUGAACUGAAAGCUCAGAUAGUGAGGAAACUCGGACCAGAUAGGUCGAAACAGUACUUUUAUUACUUAAAUAGGUUGCUGAGCUUGAAGAUAAGCAAGGUUGAGUUCAGUAAGAUUUGUCUUAGGAUCUUCGGAAGAGAGAACAUUCCACUGCAAAAUCAGUUUAUCCGUUCUAUUUUGAAAAAUGCUUGUAGUGCAAAAGUUCCACCAUCAAGCCAUGAGGAUGAGUUUUUGAAGCCUGGUGCAGCGCUUGGCAAUAAUGAGGCUUCAAAUGAUGUUUAUGAGCAAAAUGGAUCACGUGUUUCGGUAAGACAGUCUUCAAGUCAACCAGGUUUGUCAAAUGGGGACAUUUUGGCAUUAUCUCCUCGAAAGGCCAGAACAGGCUUUCGUGAUCGUAGGGCUGGGGAUGGCUGUAGUGCACUUGGACCAAAUGAGAAAGCUAGUUUUACUUUUCAACAAUCAAUAGCGGAAGAAUCGAGUGAUUUUGAUGUUACUAAGGAAAAUGGUGACUUGAAUCCCCCUGAUGGCCUGAGGUCUGUACAGCACAAUUCAGGACUCAUCCAGCGAUCAGAGGACGAAAGGGAGGCAGCGAAUCUAGAAACUUCCAAACUUUCUUUAACAAAGAGACCACUUGAAGGUCCAGUUUCUGUACAUAACAAAGACCAGGUUAGUGGUGAUGGGAAAGAGAUGCAUGCUAGGAGUGAACUACAAGCGCCACUUGGAGUUCCAUUUUACCCUGUUAGCGUAGGUGGAUCACAUAGAAAAUUGCCUUUGGCAACCAGUAGGAAAUGUUUUCGCUCUUCUAAUUUUGGUGCUUUGUUGGACACCUUAACAUUGAGGGAACGCAUGGAGCAGAUUGCCGCAGAACAGGGAAUUGAAGGGGUGGCAGUCAAUUGUGCCAAUUUGGUGAACAAUGGUUUAGAUUCUUACUUAAAAGGUUUAAUCGGAUCUUGUGUUCAACUUUUGGGAGCAAGGUCUGGGCAUGAGCAGCCUACUAAGAUCAGCCAAAAAAAGCAACAAACUUAUACAAAGCCUGUUAAUGGUCUCAGACCAGGCCAUCAUAUUCAGGUGAGUAGCGAUAAAUCUUCAGAAUUCAUGCAAGAACAGGCACCCGACAGCCUGGUAUCAUUGCAAGAUUUUAGGGUUGCCAUGGAGCUAAACCGGCAGCAACUUGGCAAAGAUUGGCCAUUGCUGCUGGAGAAAGUAUGUGCUCGCGUAUCUGAGGAAUAAAGGCAUAUAUGGAUUUUGUUGUCUUCCAAUUGAGCUCGUAUUGGUCCCUACUGGAUCAGAGGGCACCAGCCUUGCUAGGGUCUUUCUUUGUGCAACCUCUGUGCUAGUUCUCUUGUGGCCGGCCCUUUGAACCAGUCGAUAACUGUUGAAGUUUAACUUGUCUCUUUGAAGAUGAUAGGGACCAUAGCUGAGGACUAUUUAUCUCACCUGCUACAGGGCUUAACUUUGGCCAGAAAAAACCCCAUUUAUUUGCAACCACUGAGAGGGACUUGAAGAAAAGAAUCCCUUGUUGGUUGCCCUGUUGUAUAAUUAGCACAGUUCUCUUAUUUUCUGCAUUCUCUUGUAAUUUAUAGUCAAUGAGUAAAUUUUUAACAGUUUUGGAGGAAUAACUGUAGCCUAGUACUUCAGCAGAAAGAUGAAUUUGAAUGAUGCAAGAGUUCAUGUGUAUUAACUACAUGUAAAACAGAACCUUUUCAGCAGUAGUUUAAUCAGCUGACAGUCUUACUUUUAAAUCAAAACUCGUAUCGUUUGUGGUCCAAUUUUUUCUUUUUCCUAUACAUUGUUAUUGUUUUAGAUGAGUAACUCCAUUUGUGCAGCUUAUUUCUCGUAACU